UCUGUGGGUGGUGUUAGUACGCGUCUGACUCCCAGCCUGACAGAAUUUUUCUUUUCUUUUUUUUUUUGUGUGUGUGUAACCACGCCUACACAGUGGCUGCCAAGGCUUACCCAUGAGUUAAACCUUCUUUAGUUGGUAAUGAGGAAGGCGUGGGCUCUAGCAGUGGACACCCGAAGGCAGCAGUGGGUGAAAACAAGCAAAAUAAAGAAAAGUUUGGCUGUGAGAAGGUGCUAGACAGCCGGCCAUAGUGACGAGGAGGCAGGAAGGAAGGAGGCAGCACCACCAUCACCACCACAGGGAAGAUCCCGCGGGGGAAAGGCAAAGCAGCAGAGAGGAGGAAGGAGACGAUAUAAGUCCUUGGAGAUACAGCAGACUCAGGCCAUCAUUACUAAUAAGGACGGUAGGACCCACUGACAAACACAACCAUGGAGUGCACGAGUAUAGGCGCCCCUGGGAACCCCGCGGCCCUGGAGGUUGACAGUGGACUGGACCUGCUCUUCCCCCUCUACUCUUUCCUGCGCAGCACCAGCCAGGAAGCUGUCUGCCGUUUACUCAUUGCAACCUUCAGUGAUGCCCAGUACGUGAGGGAAAAUAUUGGCAAGUGUGUGAAAUCACACAUGACACUCCAUAGUUUUUUGUGCCAUAUUAAUCAGACAGUUAAGAAUAUGAGAGAAGACAAGGCCUCAAAGAAAAGUAAACCAAAAAAAUCACCAAAGUCCAACCAACCAUCUUGCUCAAGCCAGCAGCAGCACAACAGGUCGAAUUACCACCAACACAAGCAGCAGUCUUAUUUUCAUGCAUGUCACCCAAAAGAUCAGCAGCAUCCAUUCCACCCACACACAAGUCAACCUCAAGCACGAGCCAAGUGCCAACAAGCAGCAGAGUGCACGGAUAACAAACAGAAUAAUUGGCCACUGGAAAUACAAAACGUGGAACAAAAGAAAAACAUACUCGUCAAGCUGACCGUGGAUGAGCUGCUGCAGAAAGAUAAGAUUGUACAUCAGGUGCUGCAGGAGCUGGACCUGAACUUUGUCCUCAGCAUUCUUUUACAUGAGCUCAUAGGUUUCAGAUUGGGUGAAAAACUAAAAGAUGCUCUUGGUGAUUUGAAAAAGGUGAGGCUGACAUUGGUCCAUGCAAGGUAUAACUUCACUAAAGAUGACUUUAAGAAUAACCUCAGUCGACUGGAGGAGGCCAUGGGUGUGGUCUACGAAGAGCUGCUUCUACCGGAUCAGGUGCUGCAGGAACGUGUUGAGCUGUGCCGGGCCGAAGCCGACUCUGGAAACGAGGUUCACAAAAUUAUGUAUCACCUGGUGUCAGAGGUGCACCCACAGUACUCCCCUCCUGAUCCCACCUUUGUGUCUCCAACUAUUUCUUUUUCACCAAUGCACCACAGGGAAGUGAUUGAAGAUGUGCAAAAAUUUAUUGAGACCCAGGAGGAUGAACUGGACCCCAUACUGUUGUGUGGAGAGCAUAAAGAAGAAAAGACUCUUGUUUUUGAGAAUCUGGCAUUCAAGGCUAAGAAUUCUGAAAGAUACAGUCUGGUACUUUACCUGAAGGACAGCCACAGCAGGAGUUACUGCCACAAGGUAACUCCAGACAAGGACUCUAAGAAAGCUGUGCAAAAAUUCCAGGAUCAGCUUUAUUCAUGUCUUAGGAACUUGGCCCCAAACACAUUUUAUGAGUAUGGUGCAGAUGCUGUCAAGACAGCAAUCAGAAUCUAUCAGAAAAAUAUCUUGUUCCUAAUUAACUGGAAUGUCAGUGUGUGGGGUCCAGUCCAGAGUGAAAUGCAGCAGGGAACCUGGGUCAUGGCAUGUAAUGCCAAGGACCCACCCAAGGGAGGCUGGCAGAUUCUAAGGCUGGAGCCUUACUCUGAUCCCCAGGUGAGGGAGAUGCUGCAGCACUUCCCCAAUCAAGAGGACUUACUGAGGUGCUACAACUGUUUUAACAGCCAGCAUAUUCUUUCCUCUUUGGACAUGAUCCAGAUAUUUUGUGAAGUAAAUAAAACCAUCAGCUGUGGGACAGAUUUUGAGGUGGUGAAAACGUACGUGUCAGAGACGGCGCGGUGUGCUGGAAGCGAGGCAUGCCAGGUUGAACAGGACCUGCUGAGACUUGGCAAGCUGGCCUUCUAUGCUUUCCACAGCAGGGAGUUUGCUGUGGCAGAAAGCAAAAUUAUUGACAUACAAGAGCGUGUGUGCAAUGCAUUCCUGUAUUGUAAUGAAAAUGAGGGAUGGUACUUCAAGCAUCCUGUUGUUAGGGAUCUUCUCGCAGCCAAAUAUGUGGUGUCUGAUCCUUCAGUCAUCUGUAAAAACUGGGUGAAGACAGAUCAAAAUGUAGCUCCCUUUAUGAGGGUCUUCAAGUUUGCUUGUUACAUAUGGUCUGAAGAUAGCUCAAGAAUAAGGGAGAGUUUGAGGUACAUGGAGACAUUCUUGAGAACACUCCUACAUGCUCCAGACAAAAGAUCACAAUGCAGUGACAGGGAAGCUAAGAGUGGUGACCAAAAGUCCAACCAAAAGAAAAAAAAAACACUAGAGGAAUAUGAGAAUAAAUAUAAGAAUCCUUUUGACAACUGGGACUUCUUGUUAGAACUGGAUUUAGCUUGUACUGAAAAACUCCUGAAGCGUAUUGUUUCCGUCCUAUCAGACAUCCCAUGCUGGCACUUUGAUGACAUUGAAUGUCUGGAUGCAAGAAAGUUGACCAGGCUGGGGAGAGUACUGAAGAAGGUGACACUAAACAAGAAGGAUCCAGUAAUCAUAAAGCUGAAGAGUAGUGCCAAUGUAGCAUUGUUCACUAAGCUCUGGGGAAUGUUUAGGGGCAUUGAUAGCCUGUAUGGUUGUGUGGAUUUUAUGGUGACUAUUGAAGGGGAUGAUGCUGAUCACCUCAAUUAUAAAGAUAAGUUAGAGGAGUUCUUAAAGAGCAUAGCUGAUACCCAAGUUGCACUCUACAUCUCUAAAUAUAAAGGACCACUGUUCUCUUCCUGCAUUCCCAGUUUUUUCAAGUGUAUGUGCAUGCAUUACCUCAAAAUUCUGGAAGUGACCGUGUACGAUAUUAUGUCACUUCGUGAGGUAAUGCUGGCUUGUAGAACUCUGCCAUCAUUGCAGGAAGUGUUUAUAAAAGUUAAUCUUUUGUUGACUGAGCAAACCAGUUUCAGACCUGCCCAAUCUGUUAUAUCUAUUGAGUUUCCUGAAAUUCCAGUGCAUAUCACUUUUAAAUAUUUUUGUCAAAUUCAGCAGUUGCUGGACAUUUUUGAGAGGUGUGACCAAUUGCGUUCCUUGAGCAUCCAUGGAUUGUAUGUUUUUGAUGGGUUCAAACUGAAUCUUUCAAAAUAUAGCAAUUUGAAGAGUCUCAAUAUCAGAUGUGAACCAAAGUGUUCCAUAGAGAGACAACACACUCCAGAGACAGACCAGAUGUUGAUGGAUGAGACAGACAGGCUGCCUCGCUGCCACUGGAUGCUGCCCUUCUUGAAUGGACUCUCAUUGCCUCAUAAGAUUGAGAGGUUGCUUCUGAGAAAUGUUGAAUUUAUUGAUGACUCUCAUCAAAACUUCAUUAUUUGUCUGCUUGAAAAGUACAACAUUAAUAGAUUGCUCAUCUUAGAUACUCAUCUUUCUCUCACUGGAGUGGGACAGCUCCUCUACUCCCAGACAAAAGUUGAGGAGGAUUUGAAACAUGACAGAGAGAGAAAAUUAAGGAGACAUGAGUCACAGGAUAUAAGGAAGCUGGCUCAGAAGAGGACCAGGAUUUGCAAGGAGGAACGUGAAGCCAUGAAGUGGAAUAAGCCAGAUGGGAAAGAAAUUGUGAUAACAUCUGAGGGGCAGCUUUGUAUUGACUGCUCCUGCUUCCCUUGCAUGUGUCCCUGCAAAGUGGAUUGGGAUGAAGGUUGCAACUCUUUUGAGAAAAUGGUAGAAGUGAUCAGUGACAUGUACUGCUGCAAUAUUCAAGCCUUCUCAUAUUCCUUUAACCAUUGCACCAUCAGGAAGGACAUGUGUGGAGACUUGCGAGUGCAGUGCAUAAUGAAAUGCCUCAAUGACUCUGCUGUCCUGGAAGUAGAGUCCAGGAGGUGUGUCAAGCGCUUCUUCCUUCCACUCCUGCUGGCACAAAGUGUCAGUCUGGAAGAGACUGCUUUGUCCCCAGUGGGAGUAGCAAAAGUGGCAGAGUAUUUAAAGCACAUCAAAGGCACCAAUGAGGUGGAUCCUUUCUCACUGAUUAUAGAAACCAGCUGGCACCCGCCACAGAGCUGCUCUCCCUUCACAGGACUCAAGAAUUUCCUGAAGAUUGCAGAAUAUCUGUCUGUCGUCCAUUUUCGUUGUAUGUGUACACAAAAAUGCUUCCAUGUAAAGAAAACUUACAAAGGGAAUGUUGAGGAAGUGACUCAAGCUCAGCGUUGAGACGUGUUCAGAGGAGGGCAGUGGAUGAUUCAGGCAUCAUCCAAUGGCAAGAUAGUGUUUGUGGACACCUGCUUGUGUCAAAUAGUCCUGUGUCAGUGAAUGAAUCUCUUUCUUUUUCUUUUUUUUAUGUGUAGAGGUGAGAGACACACAGUUCCUUGCUCAUCACACAGACUUGUUUUUGUUUGUAAAUUGUAUUCUUUUUUAUUUAUUUAUUUAUAUUUUAUUUACUUUUAUUCUUUACAGUGUGUUGAGAAUAUUUGUAGAGAAAGCAUUGGAAAUGCUUGUUCUUAUCAGUACACCAAAAGAUCUCACCCAGAGCUGUUACCACACAAGCUUUAUUGUAUACAUAUAGAUAUUAUAAAAUUAGCUUUCACCGUCCAACACUUAGUGCCAUGUGGAGAUGGGAUUAAGAAAAAACCUGAAUAAGGUACUGUACCUGUAAUGUGGAAUGGUGACCACAGCUGUCAUACUUAUGAUGUCACAGUAAACCCUCCAUAUUUGUCCUUACCGUGCUUUGUGCUUCCUCCAAUUUUGAGCCCCUUGAUCUCCUCAGAAUCUGUCAGUUGUCAUGUUAAAUAAGGAGACUGUCAGCUGAUCAGGGGGCUUAAGGCUGAAGGAAAACAGUAAAGAUGGUGGGGCAUGAACAGGCUUGACCAUGACUCUACCAGUCCAGAGUCUUGUGUGUGUGUGUGUGUGUGUGUGUGUGUGUGUGUGUGUGUGUGUCCAAAUAGAACCUGAAUCUUGAAAAUUAUGGGACCAAAACAAUUUCAUAUGGCAUCUCUUGAGCAGUGUUCUUCAAAUUUUCUUCAUCAUGACUGUUUGCUUUCAUGUACCAGUGUCUCCUACCUUCAUGACCCUCUAUGUCUGUUCUAAUGUAUCUUUCUUCCUUUGACAUGGAAAGCAGUUUGCACACACACACACACACACACACACACACACACACACACACACACACACACACACACACACAUACA